AUGCCUUCCACUAUCAAAUGCCUCAUCUUCAGUCUCCUCGCCGGUUCCACCGUCGCUGCCCCUGCAGUAAGCCCCUCCGAGAGCGAAAUGGCCAAGAGGCAAAUGACCAUCCCUUCCUGCUACAAGUGGGAAGAAUACAAAGACCUCAAACAAAGCAAGCCCUACUACGACAAGUGGCAGCGCGUCGGCGGAUAUGAGUGCACCUCCCUCAAGAAGUCGGGAUGCUCCAUCAGCAAGAGUGCUUCGCACACCGUUGGUGUCACCAAGACAGUAAGCGGCGGUGGCAGCGCUGGAAUCGACCUUGGCAAGAUCAACAGCCUCGGCAUUGACGCCGGCUUCUCUUACAGCUGGUCGACCUCGGACUCGACCACCUUUACCGACACCAACCAGUGCCCGCCCGGCGGCCUCACUUGCGGCCUGCAGGUAUCGCCCCAGCUGGUCAAGAUCACGGGCACGUACAUAUUCGAGAUGCGCGGCGGCUGCGACCGCAAAGAGAAGCACCCCUUCAAGAUCUAUGCACCCGUCGAGAAGGGCGGCGGCAAGAACAAGGACCAGUCUGCCGUGCAGAACUUCAAGAUUUGCCUGGCAAAGCCUUGCAAAGACGAGACCUGCAAGAAGGCCGCCAAGGCCGAGGGUAUCGAGAAAUGCCCUUGA